AAGCCAUACACCGAACACACCGGCCGACAGACUCCAAUGUACUAAUUCGUGAUGUGGAUUCCUGAUUCGUUUAAAGAGGAGAGAAAAGCCGCAAUCUGGUAUUAGAGAGUUUACCUCCCUUCCCCAUCGACGCUUACCGGUCACAUCGUCGUUCCUUUGCGAGGUUAUUCUCUCCUUAUUUUUUUUCUAGCCCGCUCGCAAUCGUUCUUUUUCAGAGACGUAUCUAGUUCCACUAUGCAUUUCAGCCAGCUCGUUUGUGCCCUGCUCGCCGGAGCGGCGGCGGCGGCUCCUACAGCCCGGGAUACGAUCUCCGAUUCUCAGGCCGAACUACAAAGUAUAGUUGACCAGGCUGUAUCCACACAGACUGAGCUCUUGGAUUCCGGGUCUACGACUCCAAAAAGAGGGCGCCAGAAGUGUACUCCUAGCACCAUCAGCGUCCGCCGCGAAUGGGGCACGUUAAGCAAGGCCGAGCGCAAAGCCUACACGGACGCGGUUCUCUGCCUCCAAAGACUACCAGCGAGAACCCCAACGAGCGAUGUUCCUGGCGUGAGGUCUCGAUUCGACGAUUUUGUCGCUAUCCACAUCCAGAAGACGCCGGUCAUCCACUACACGGGCACAUUCCUCGCCUGGCACAGAUGGUUUACGUACAACUUCGAGCAGGCCCUCCGCAACGAGUGUGGCUACAGGGGAACCCAGCCAUACUGGAACUGGGGUCUCUAUGCCUCUGAUCCAGCCUCGUCUCCCAUCUUCGAUGGCAGCGACUACAGCAUGUCGGGUAACGGCGAGUUCAUCCCCGACAAGGGUCCUAUCAGCCUGCUGCUGGGUGACUUCCCCCCCGUCUAUCUACCAGCUGGUACGGGCGGUGGGUGCGUCACGUCCGGUCCCUUCAAGAACAUGCAAGUCAACCUGGGCCCCGUGAACCUGCCGCUCAACAACGGGUCGGUCCUCGUCGGAACCGGGCUUGAUUUCAACCCUCGCUGCUUGAAGAGGGACGUGUCGGCCGGCGUCAACUCCGCGUUCGCCAAUUUCACGUCCAUCGUCAACCUCAUUCGCCAAAACGACAACAUAGGGGAUUUCCAGAUGGUCAUGCAAGGAGUGCCCGGCUCGGGAUCCAUCGGUGUGCACGGUGGAGGCCACUACACGAUCGGUGGAGACCCUGCCGGCGAUGUUUUCGUCUCCCCGGGCGACCCAGUCUUCUAUCUCCACCACGGCAUGAUCGAUCUCGUCUGGUCAUCGUGGCAAUUCCUGGACUUCAAGAACCGCCGUGAUGCGCUCUCCGGCACGGGCACUUUCCUCAACGCUCCGCCGUCGCCCGACACCACCCUCGACGAUAUCAUCGAUCUCGGGUACGCUGGUGGCGGACCGGUCACGGUCAGGGAGCUUACGAGCAUUAUUGACGGCCCGUUCUGCUACACCUACAGGUAGUCGCCUCGACGCUUCGCGGAUGCUGCUCCGGCUUCCUGCAACUGCACCAGCGAGAGAACUCCUCCUCACGCUAUCCUGAAGGUUACGCAAUUUACGACGUCAAUUUCCGCUCGCGCCUCGUUCUGGAAGUGCUGGAAGUGCUAAAUCUUAGCGGUUUUCUCUAAGCUAUGCCAUGUCGGGAGGGUCGGGAUGGUCUAUUCUCCCGGGUCUUUGUUCCAGGGUGUGCGAAGGUCUCCCCGACUGCUCUGGCCCUAUACCCAAUA